GCUGAAUUGGAAAAGGAAAGUCCCAAUUUUCAUCUGAGAACAUUAUUCAUCUGCAACUCCACAAUUAUGCAUUUGAAAGUCAAAAAUAUAAAUGAAUGCGAAAUGCAAACACAUGACAAUGCAGCAGUGUAAUCGAUGAAGUCACGUGUCCGACAGUGUCCAAUAGCAGAAGGUCUGAUGGGAUCAGAGCCCUCCCUCCCCCUGUUGAGUGCCAGCAACUUUCCUGGCGAGCACCGCGACGCCGGCCAUAUAUAAGGCACACGCGGAGGAGGUGACGGUCGCUGUGAAAGCCAUUCACCCCUCACACCUGCACGCACACGCAUACAUCCACGUCCACGUCCUCCCCCUCACACCCGCAUAGUCGCUCUUCUCUUAUUAGUUCCCGCACACUCGGCCGGAUGGACCCCAUAGGGAGCCCCUUCAGGAGAGUUAUGGACGGCAGGACGAGCAGCUACGGCUACAGCCGCUCCGCGGGCACCCCCGCCACCAUUGGAUUCCGCUCCCAGACGUGGUCUCGGGCCAGCCCCGGGUCCAGCGUGAGCGCGUCGUACAAGAGGAGCUCGAACAAGCCCCGCGGGGACACUUUCGAGCUGAGCCAAAGUUCCCUCCUGGGCGCGGACUCCUCCAGGCGCUCCAACGAGAAGGAGCAACUCCAAGGGCUCAACGACCGCUUCGCCGUGUACAUCGACAAGGUGCAUUACCUGGAGCAGCAGAACAAGCAGAUCGAGGACGAGAUCCAGGCCCUGCGGCACCAGCAGGCGUCCCGCUCGCAGUUGGGCGACCUGUUCGACCAGGAGCUGCAGGACCUGCGCGCCACGCUGGAGCAGAUCCACCGCGACAAGGCGCAGAUCCAGCUCGACAGCGACCAUCUGGAGGACGACAUCCAGAGGCUGAGGGACCGCCUGGACGACGAAGCCCGCAUCCGGGAGGACACCGAGGCCAUCAUCCGCGUCCUCAAGAAGGACACCGGCGACUCGGAGCUGCUCAAGUCCGAGCUGGAGAAGAAAGUGCAGUCGCUGCAGGACGAGAUCGCCUUCAUCCGCAACAACCACGAAGAAGAAGUGAACGAGCUCCUGGGCCACAUCCAGGCGUCCCAGGUGACCGUGGAGAAGAGGGACCCGCAGCGGGCCGACAUCACCGAGGCUCUGCGCGAGAUUCGCAGCGAGCUGGAGGGCCACUCGGACCAAAACCUGCAGCAGGUGGAGAGCUGGUUCAUGUGCCACUACGCCAAGCUCAACGAGGCGUCCGAACAGAACAAGGACGCCAUCAAGAGCGCCCGCGACGAGAUCAACGACUACCGGCGCCAGCUGCAGUCCAAGACGGUGGAGCUGGAGUCGGUGCGCGGCACCAGAGACUCGCUGGAGAGGCAGCUGGGCGACAUCGAGGACCGCCACAACAGCGACCUCGCCAGCCUGCAGGAGACGAUCCACCAGCUGGACAAUGAGCUCAAAAGCACCAAAUGGGAGAUGGCCCGCCAUCUGCGCGAGUACCAGGACCUGCUCAAUGUCAAGAUGGCCCUGGACAUUGAGAUUGCUGCAUACAGGAAACUCCUGGAGGGUGAGGAGACCCACUUCAGCACAUUCUCCCAUCGCCCAGCGGUUUCAUCCACCAGAAUAUCAAUAUCCAAAUCAGAAGCUCCCAGGAUGAAGGUGCAACAUAAAUUUGUCGAGGAGAUCAUCGAGGAGACCAGGGUGGAGGAUGACAAAGCCGACAUGGAGGAGGCCUUGGAUCAGAUUGCCCAGGAGCUCUCGGCCACACUGGAAGGCAGUGGAGGGGAGGAGGAAGAGGAGGACGCUGAGGUGGAGGAAGAGGAAGUCGUAGCUGUAACCGAUGCUAAGGUUAGUUCGAAAGCACCGGCCGAGGAGGAAGAAGAAGAGGACGACGAAGAGGGGGAGGAAGAUGACAAGGAGGAAAAUGAAGAAGAUGGGGACGAGGGGAAAGGAGAGGAGCCGGGUGACGACGAGGCGGUAGUCGAGGAAACUGUCCUGUGCUCCAAAACUCAUGAGUCGAAAGCCACUCCUGAGAAAGUGAAAGCUGGAGAGGAAGAAGAUGAAGAGGGAGAAGAAGAGGCCAGCGGGGGAGAAGAGGAAGCCGACAAAGCAUCCAAAGAUGGAGACGAUAAGGAAGAAAAGGCGGAUGAGGACGAAGGCAAAGAAGAUGAGAAGGUAAAGGUUGAAGACGUGGUGACGGAAACAAUUGUAGCCAAAGUAGAAGUUCAGAAAACAGAAGCUGCGAAACCUGAAGCCAAAAAGGAAGAAAGUGUCACGGUAGAACUGACAAAACCAGAUUCCCUCAAAACUGAAUCCCCAAAAGCUGUUUCCCCAAAGUCUGAAUCCCCCAAAACAGCUUCCCCAAAGCCUCAAUCCCCAAAAACUGGUUCCCCAAAGUCUGAAUCCCCAAAAGCCGGUUCCCCAAAGUCUGAAUCUCCAAAAGCCGGUUCCCCAAAGUCUGAAUCUCCAAAAGCUGGUUCCCCCAAGACAGAAUCUCCAAAAGCUGGUUCUCCAAAGUCUGACUCCCCAAAGCCUGGGUCCCCCAAGACAGAAUCCCCAAAAGCUGGUUCACCCAAGAUAGAAUCCCCCAAACCUCUGUCCCCUAAAUCUGAAUCCCCAAAGCCUGGUUCAAAUUCAGAAUCGCCAAAAGCAGGGUCCCCUAAAUCAGAAUCGCCCAAGCCAGCAUCUCCCAAAGAAGACUCACCAAAAACUACCCCUCCAAAAGCAGAGUCUCCUAAAUCGGAAGCUCCUAAGCCCGCAUCACCCAAAGAAGACUCGCCCAAGGCUGGCUCCCCCAAAGCAGAGUCCCCUAAAUCAGAAUCUCCCAAGGCUAGCUCCCCCAAAACAGAAUCCCCUAAAUUAGAAUCUCUCAAGCCUGGAUCCCCCAAAGAAGACUCACCGAAGGCCACCUCCCCAAAAGCAGAGUCCCCCAAACCUGAUCCUACAAAGCCAGACUCGCCAAAGGCUGAAUCUCCUGAGACGGAAACGAAAAAACUCGACACACCCAAGCCUGCCGAAGACAAAAAGAGCGACUCCGCAGACGACAAGAAGAUGAAGGACGCGGCCAUGAACGGCGACGUGGACAAGACGAGCCCGGAGGAAGCGGAGAAGAAAAAGGCCGACGGGAACGACGUGAUCAUCAAUGGCGUGGACGAGAGUCCCGUCAAGGACGACGGGAGCCAGAAGGUGGUGACCACCAAAACGGUGGAGACCAUCAUCACGGGGGAGGACGGCUUGCAGCAGGUCACCAAGUCGGUCACCGUCACCGAGACGGUGAAGGAGGUGGAGGAGGUGCUGCAGGAGAAGAUGGUCUCCACCGUCAAGACGGAGAGGCACUCCAGCCAUUCCAUCAAGCAGGUGACGGAGGGGGACUGAGGAGGUGGGCUCCGAUCGUGACGACAAGCAAUCAAGCAGAACUAACAUAAGAGAAUACCAUUCAGCUAGAGCAACAUACGAAACCUUAGAGAGAAGCCAAAACCGCUACAAAUGUUAGAAAUGCAUGUUUGCAGACGCAGCGAGGGCCGAACCAUUGAGACAUUUUAACAAUUUUCCGUUCUUGCCGCCGUUCAACCGAAGGGUUCGUGGGGUUCGGGGUGGGCGGGGCUUUGCAUGCAAUAGCUCAGGGGCCGGAGGGGGGGGCACUUUUCCCCCCUCCUGUGUAUGUAUGUAUGUAUGUAUGGUAAAGAGAGAAGAUCAAUAUCGCUAUAUGGGGAAUUACUUUUUAGCUGAAGCAAAUGAGGGAAGGGUGACGUGGGUGGAAGUUGGGGGAGGGGUUGGGGUCCUGUGCACACAUGCUGUCCUGAACUAGCCUUAUGCCUAACGUGAACAUAGCAAGUCAGCCAAAAAAGAAAACUACACACCUGCCGCAGUGAACGACAACAGGACGACCGCAAGACCACACCGACCAUACGCAGCUCCCGAGGAAGUCGUAGCCUUAAACCUGCUUUUGGAUCCCCCCCGUUAACGUCGACCCGAGCGCAAAUGCAACGAAAUAACGUCAGAGUGCUUAGGGACUUACAUUCUUGUAUAUGCAUAGGAACUUGACUUGAAAUUGAAAUACAGAAAUAUAUGAGGUGCUACUGUUUGCGGUCCCGUGACCUUACUCAUCACCGAUGAUUUCCCAGCAGCAUUUGCUCAAUAAACGUCAUCAUGAAGUCAACGGCUACCUUCUCCUGUCUUUUUUUUUCAUACAAUUAUGGCAACAUGUUACAAACAAACAAUUAAUUGAGUAAAUGAUCAAAGUUAAAAAAAAAAAAAAAAUCUUCAUAUGGGUUUUUUUUUUGGAAUGGUCAAAGUGAUGUCUUGAAUGAGAAGGUUUCUAAAACAGGCGGAACGGUGGACGAAUGGUUAGACGGUCUGCCUCACAGUACGGAGGACCGCGGUUGAACUCCCGGCCCCGACUGUGUGAAGUUUGAACGUUUUCCCUGCGCAUUUGUGGGUUUUAGCGGGUAGGAAGAUUAAGAAGACAAAGGUAGAGCAGAGAGUUAGGCGGUGGAAGUUGAGGAAGGAAAAAUGUUGGAAGAGCUCCCGGAAGACUGGAAUACUACUGCCAAGGUACGCAGAGAGGCAGGCAGGAGAGUACUUGGGGUGCCUUCUGGUAGGAAAGGGGAGAAGGAGACUUGGUGGUGGAACCCCAAAAACACAGGAAGUGAUCCAAGGAAAGAGAUUAGCGAAGAAGAAGCGGGACACGGAAAAGACUGAGGAGAGGCGACGUAGGGCAAAGGUAGUGGUGGCGAAGGCUAAGCAAGAGGCGUACGACGACAUGUACACAAGGUUGGAUGCGAAAGAGGGAGAAAAGGAUCUCUACAGGUUGGCCAGACAGAGGGACAGGACAGUGGGUGUUAAGAGAGGAGGAUGCACGAGAUGGGCAUGGAUGGAAAAAGAUGACACGCUGAGGCGACCCCGAACAGGACAAACCGAGAGGAAAAGAAGAAGAAGAAGAUGUGUGGGGUUUUUUUUUCCAGUUUCCUUCAACAUCCUAAAAACGUGCUUAGUGGGUUAAUUGGUGACUCUAAAUUGCCCGUAGGUGUGAGUCCAAAUGGUUGGCGAUUGGCUGGCAACCUGGUGUACUUAGCCUACCACCCGAAGACAGCUGAGAUCAGCUCCAGCAGUCCCGCAACCCUUGUGAGGAUAAGCAGCAAGGAAAAUGGAUUGUUUCUAAAACAGCACUCCACCCAACCUCGUUCCCCAUGUCGUGAACAUCACUUUUCUUUUUUUCUUGACUGCUUGUGCUUGUCAACCGCGAUACAUCGUCUAUAUCAGGGGUGUCAAACUCAUUUUUUUCCGGUUAAAAUAUUUAAUCAUCUCCUCAUAUUUACAUCAAUUUAUUAAAUAGUUUUGGAAUCAGGAAUCAAGGGUAAUGUGUUUUUUCUACUAUUCACGUUUGGUAACACAAAAAAAUGCCUGUAAUAUCUCAACUUUAUCAUUUAGGAUAUAUGACAAUUGGAAAUUUUGGUACAGAUUUUUUCAAGAAUUAUGGAAAUUGACACUCUGGAUUUGGCUUCCCGGCGGGCCGCAUAAAAACAUGUAAUGGGCCAGAUCUGGCCCCAGGGCCUUGAGUUUGACACCAGUGCUCGAUAUGUACAACCUUCUCAUGUCAUUUGUUUUGCUUGUUUCAGUAUAAACGUAUUCCGUUCAUAAAUAUUGGUCAAAAAUCGCAAUCACCUGAAUGUUGUUUGCUGCAAAUCCUUUUUAGACGCGAUGUUUCAUGUCUUUGAAUUUCACCACCUCUUCUUUAUCCCCGUGAGAAGUGGGAGGGGGACGCCCUCUGUUAACUGGGUGUGUGGCUGGAACAUAAUGAUAGUGAUGUUGGAAUGUCGCCAAGUCAUAAAAAUGUCUCAAUAAUUGAUCAUCAUUAUUCAUGAUGCAAUAUUCACCAUUUCCCCUACUUAGGAACAACACUAUCAUCCAAUGGAUUUGAAAUGAAUUUCAGAAACUGCAACCCAUUUUGGAAAACUGCUCUUGGGUUUUUUUUUCCACUCCUGUCUCUCGCAAUUUUAGAGCAUAUCAUUUAAAAUAUUAGAAAACCAAUGCUGGAUGAUCACAACACUUACUAAUCACCUAAUCAGAUUGGUUUGACGCUAUUGCUGCUAGGGCCAAUUUGCAUUAUCGCCGUCCGUCCGCCAAUAUUCUGUGCUCCUGGUGCUCAUGAGGGUCGCCGGUGAUCAGAAGAAUUUUUUUCCACUUAUGGCCAACUUGGAGUCUUCAAUUAACCGAACAUGCAAGUUUGUGGGAGCCAGAGAGAGGACACGCAAACUCCACGAAUAGGAGCUGCGGUUCAACAGAGAACCACCAAAAAGGCCAGAUGUGCUAACCAAUAGAGCUCGUGCACGUGACGUCACCGUUUUCACGGCGCCAUAUUGCCGGUUAAACAGAACUGCUCGAUAGUGUGUGGGACAUUGAACUGGAGCAGAAUAUUCACAAUGCCCGAGACUUGUUGUGCUGUUGGUUAUUACAGCAGACGAGACAGAUACUCAAAGAGGUCAUUCUAGCGGAUACCAGCUGAAAAGACCAGAAAAUAUCGAUUGAUUUCAGCAAUUAAACGUGAUGGAUGCCGCCCAAGCAAAAUACACACACGUCUGUGUACCGAUUGUUUCAUUUCAGGUAGGAAUUAUUCUACUCAAUCUCAAAUUCCCAGGAAGUAUUUAUAAUGCCAAAUUGGCUCAUUUGAGAACAAUGGAAAAAAAACCCGACAAGGAUUCAUCUCCAAUGUACACAGAAGCAUGUUGCGGCCACAGGUUAAACUUCAGUAAAUCUCUCCCCGACAGAUGUUUGUUUUUUGUUUUUUUUUUUAAAUAUGCAUUGUUCUCAAAUGAUUCCAAUGCAUAUUUAAAAAAAGAAAAUAAACCAUCGCUCACACAGGUUAACGCAGGUUAACGUGUGGCUGCAACACGCUUCCGUGUUCGGGGGGUGAAGCCUAUCUAGGGGUUUAUUUUCAUUUUUUAAAUACCCAUUGGACUCAUUUGAGAACAUUGCAUAUUUAAAAAAAAAAAAGUCUGUCAUGGAGAAGUUUACCAAAGUUUAAUGCAUGGCCACGACACGCUUCGUGUAUGGAGGAGCCAACUCGCUGUCUUUUUUUUCCCCCAAUCAUACUUAAUGAAUGCGAGUUUGUGUAAAACCAGGCGUUAUUUAUUUAAAUAUUGCUAUUUGUAUUGAAAAAAAUCUGAGUGGCUCCAUCACUAUGUGGGAUUUAUUCGUGAUUGAGAACAAAUCUAGCAACGACGUAUUUGUAUGCGUCCAGACUUUUCUACGCUUUCAAACUCUUCCGUGUAAAUCUCGACGACUUACUCAGCAGAUCCACGUGUAGAUCCAGUCGUCCGAGACGAGCGGGAGCGGGUUAACAUUCUAAUUUCUUAUCAGUGAAAAUAUCGACUUCGGGAUUAAAUAUGGGUCCUCUAUACCAAGUGUCUCUCAUUUUUCCACGUAUCUUCGUUUAUUAUCACCUUCUAAAUGUUUAACGGUAUCGGACAAAACUUUGGGAGACGUAUUUUCGUGUCGUCUCCAACCGACUUUGAUUGAUCGGCAGUAUGGCCAGUCACGUGAUUUCGAUGACGUAGGUGCACGAGCUCGACACCCACCGUGCAGAAAACUCAAUGUAAAGAGCCAUCUUGACAGUGGGACGGUUUUCGUUUUCCAUCCGGUGUUCCGCCAGUUCCAUUUUCAAUUUCUGCCUUAGUCCCCUAAAUUGCAUUUCAAAAUAAAGAAAUGCACAUUGCUGUCAGGAUGUAUGAUUUGGACCAGAUUUGAUUAGAGCGUUUCAAUUGUAAACUCGGUUAUGCUUGAUGUCUGUUAUUUAUGAGACCUGCAU